GCUUUGCGUCGACCAUUGACACUGACAGUAUACAACUUAUAUGUCUACUUGCAUCUUAUUUCAUUCUCGACAGCUUAUUCGUUAUUGUCCCGCUGUCAUUCAGCACAACUGCUUUCUACCACUGCUCGCACAUUUUGUUUUGGAGGGGAAUGCUAAAUAAUAGCACCGACACUGAACUGCUCGUUAGCUUAUUGCUAGCUAACAGCUAGCUAACUAACCGAGCUGCCAAUGAUUCAACAUCCACAAAAUGUCACAUAACUGUGAGUGUGAAUGCGUCUCCAUUAGCUCUAGGUUCGUGAGGACUUUCUGUAAUAGGGACAACUCACUCUGAGAGUGAAUAUUUGCACCUUACGAAGCACAAAUCGUGUCCUGCAGAGCUCACCUGAAGUGACCUCUGCCCUGUGAAGAGGUUAUGGCUCUGCUGUCUAACUGUACUGUAGCUUUGCUCCUCCUCGCCUUUGCUUUGUCAACAUGUUUAUACAUAAACAAUUUAUCUAACCAUGAGACCAGACUAGUUAGAUCAGUCUAUGCUAAACUAAAUAGAAUCAAACCACAUGAAAGGCUUGUUAAUACUAAUCCAACAAAAACACAGAACAAUUCAGUGGAUACAAAGGGAGUGCACCCAGAAAGCUCCCAAAACACUGAUAUUUCCAGAGACAUUAAAUGUACCAUGGCCCCUGAGAGUAGGUUUGACUGUGCCAGGGACCGGCUUCUCAGCCAGGGGGAGUGUGAACAGAGGGGAUGCUGCUACGCUCCUCUGCCAAAGUCUGCAGGACCACCUUGGUGCUUCUACCCCAGUUUGUACCCCGGCUACAAAAUGGGUCCCUUCAGUCCCACCACGCGAGGCCGUGCUGCCAACCUGACUCGUGCCACCCCAUCCUAUCUCCCCAGAGAUAUCUCCACUUUAAAACUAGAAAUCAUAGAAGAGACUGCAGGCUGCUUACACCUCACUUUAAAGGAUUCAUCGUCUCAGCGAUAUGAAGUUAAGCUCCCAGCUGGUGUUCCUCAGAACAAAUCUGAUCCGACACAAGAUGUCCUGUAUACCACUGAAUACCAGUCUGACCCAUUUGGCUUCAUAGUGCGGCGGAAAUCUAAUGGAAGAGUGAUUAUGAACACCACGGUCGCUCCUCUGCUGUUUGCUGACCAGUACCUGCAGCUGUCCACCUCACUGGCCUCUUCUCUUGUGUCUGGCCUUGGGGAGCAUUACACCUCCCUCCUCCUGGACCUUAACUGGACUUCUCUCACUCUCUGGAACAGAGACAUGGCGCCUCACGCUGAUGCUAACCUCUACGGCUCCCACCCAUUCUACAUAGUACAGGAGGAGGACAGGUGAUGUUGCAGCCGACUCCUGCUCUCACCUUGGUGGCUAUCGGAGGAAUCCUGGACCUGUAUGUCUUCUUGGGUCCUGACCCUGAAAGUGUUAUACGACAGUACCUCCAGGUCAUUGGCUAUCCUAUGAUGCCUCCCUAUUGGUCGCUGGGUUUCCAUCUGUGUCGCUGGGGUUACACAACCACUAAUACGACCCGACAUGUGGCUGAACGCAUGCACAAUUCAAAGUUUCCCAUGGACGUGCAGUGGAAUGAUCUGGACUAUGCAGCCAAGCGCAGGGUAUUCACCUUCGACCCCUGGCGCUUCGGGGACCUCCCAGAGAUGGUGGAGGAGUUCCACGAGAGAGGCAUGAAGUACAUCCUCAUCCUGGACCCUGGGAUCAGCAGCACUAGCCCCCCUGGAACUUACUCGCCCUUUGAUGAUGGACUGAAACGAGACGUCUUCAUUAAAAAUGCAACAGGACACAUCCUGAUAGGGGAGGUUUGGCCGGGCCCAACAGCCUUCCCAGACUUCACCAACCCAGAGACCAGAAGCUGGUGGGAGGACUGCAUCAGAGAUUUUCAUUCUAAAGUUCCUGUGGAUGGUCUGUGGAUUGACAUGAAUGAACCAGCCAGUUUUGUGCAGGGCUCAGUGGAGGGCUGUCCUGACAGUGAUCUUGAGAACCCGCCCUACACCCCCAUAGUGGUUGGAGGCCAGUUGAACUCAGGAACUCUUUGUAUGUCGGCUCAGCAGAAGCUGUCCACUCACUACAACCUGCACAACAUGUAUGGACUGACAGAAGCCUAUGCCACGCACAGUGCUCUUAGGAAGGUACGAGGGAAGAGACCCUUCGUCCUGUCUCGCUCCUCCUACCCUGGCAUCGGACGCUUCUCUGGAGUGUGGACAGGGGACGUCAGGAGUGACUGGGAGCAGAUGCGAUACUCCAUCCCUGCGGUGCUGCAGUUCAGCCUGUUCGGCGUGCCCCUUGUGGGGGCGGACAUCUGUGGCUUUGGAGGCAACACCACUGAGGAGUUGUGUGUGCGAUGGAUGCAGCUUGGGGCCUUCUACCCAUUUAUGAGAAACCACAAUGACAAGCCAAACGCUCCUCAAGAGCCCUAUGUAUUUGGGCAAAAGGCCCAGGCAGCCAUGCGAAGUGUAUUGAACCUUCGUUACUCCCUUCUCCCGUUCCUCUACACACUCUUCCAUCAUGCACACGCCACUGCUGAUACUGUGGCCAGGCCUCUCUUCGUGGAGUUUCCCACGGACCCUAACAGUCAGACCAUAGACCGACAGUUCCUGUGGGGGAGUUCGCUUCUCAUUAGCCCAGUCUUAGAGCAAGGGGCAGUCGAACUGGCUGCAUACCUGCCCCCUGGCACUUGGUACAGCCUGCACAAUGUGAGUCGCACAACCCUGUACCACAGUCUCACAAUACCACUCGCACAUAGGAGCCUUAAGCCAAAAGGUCAGCCUUUCUACAGUAAAGGUCAGUACCUGCUCCUGCCGGCCCCUCUAGAAACCAUCAACGUCCAUGUGAGGGAGGGACACAUUAUCCCCCAGCAGGAGCCUGCUUUGACAACCACAGCCUCACGCAGAAACCCUUUCUUCCUGACGGUGGCACUGUCAGCAGGCGGCUGGGCCCGGGGCGACUUGUUCUGGGAUGACGGAGACAGUCUUGACAACUUCGAAAUGGGAAAUUAUUGUUACGUUCUCUUCAUUGCUGGACAGUCUCAGGUGGUGAGUGAUCCUCUUAGGCUUAAUGGAGCCCUCGACGGUUUGGUGCUGGGAGGGCUGCAGGUGUUCGGGGUACCCUCGCCACCCCUCUAUGUAUUAGCCAAUGGGGACAAAGUCAGGGAUUUCACAUACCGCAGUGACACCAAGGUUUUGACAGUGACCAGCCUGGCUUUGCCUAUGACAAAGGUGUUUACAGUUCAGUGGGCUCUCUGAUGCACUGAACCUUGUUACCCAAUAACCUUUGGGAGCCUUUGCACUUUUCACUGCUGCUGAAAACUCCCAGAGUUCAAGAUGCACCUGACUCUUGCUCCACCUCUUUGUCCAAAUCAGAAAGUAGUGCUUUGUAAGAAACAGGUUUUUAAAAAGUGAUGUUAUCAAACAAAGGGAACCAUCAUCUUGAUGUAUCUGUUUUUUUCUUGCUAGGUAUUUUUUACUGCUGCUAACUGCCACACUGAAUCAAGACAACUGUUUAUAACCUCUUUUGUAUUUUUUACAAUUAUGUUUAUAUAAAUCUUUGUUACGGAAGUGCAUUAUAAAUAAAAAUUGUGAAAAAAGAUAGGUGCUGCUUUUGUGCAUUUUGGCUCACUAGAAAGUCUCUGCUACACUAAAUGGAACAGAACCUAAAUUAGUAUCAUUGGUAACACCUCUGAUUACCGUACUAUUUCAUGUCAAAAUGGCAGCUGUGAAAAAGGUUUAUCAAAGUGAAUGGUGU